AGAUAGUUGUGUGGAAAUUGAAUUGUUAUUUAGGGUUAAUUAAUUAAUUUAAUCGAUUUUUUUACAUUUAUGGCUUUUGGAUUACCAAAUAUAGGUUGCGUGUGUUGAUUGUAUUUGAAGUUUUUUAAGGCGGCUAUGUUUGUUUUUGCAUUCAAACGUUACUUAAUGAGGUUUUCUUUUUUGGAUAUAUUAAAAAGGUUACGUAAUGAGAGUUUGCUUCUUUGAGUCGGUGAAGUUUGUAUGAAUUAGUCUGUUUCAUAAAUUCAGAAUUUGCUUGGAAAGUGGGGAAGUUCAACCUUGAACAAGAUACCUUUAUAGUGUCUGAAAUUGGCUUUUAAGUUCAAUUUUGAAUUGGUUUUCUACUGAUUUUUUUUCCAAAAAGAUAAGUGGGGUGUUAGGAAUUUGAAUUUUGGAUUGGUUUGACUUUUGAGUUCAAUUUGCUAGUUGGGUUUUUGGUUUUGGAUUGGUUUUCUCUUUCUGCUGGAUUCUGUUAGGAGAUAAGUGGGGUGUUGUUAGGAAUUGGAAUCGGUGUUGUUACUGUUGUUGUUUUGGUGUUUUUCAGAGAAUUAAGUUGAUGGGGGGUCAAAGUUCUAAAGAGGAAGAUUUGAGGCAAGAUUCAUCUUUGCGUUCAAGUUCAUCUGCUUCUGCUUCUUCUUGGAAUUCAUAUCCUGAUCCUCAUUCGGGUUACGGUCAGGGUGGUUAUCCAUAUACCUAUGAUUCACAACAGCCAUCUUAUCAACCAUAUUAUGAUACCCGGCCUCCUCCUCCUCCACAAAACUAUGACCAUGAGCCUCGUACUAGUGGUAGAGUGCCCCGUCAAGACGAUAAGAGAAAGUUAGAGAGGAAAUACUCAAGGAUUGCUGAUAAUUACAACUCCAUAGACGAGGUGACUGAGGCUCUUGCACGUGCAGGCCUUGAGUCUUCCAAUCUUAUUCUUGGAAUUGAUUUCACCAAGAGCAAUGAGUGGACAGGAAAGCAUUCAUUUAACAGAAAAAGUUUGCAUCACAUCGGGAAUGGUCCAAAUCCCUAUGAACAAGCAAUAUCCAUUGUUGGGAAAACCUUGGCUGCAUUUGAUGAGGAUAACUUGAUUCCUUGUUUUGGAUUUGGGGAUGCAUCAACACAUGAUCAAGAUGUCUUUAGUUUCUAUCCAGACGAAAGAUUUUGCAAUGGAUUUGAAGAAGUUUUGAGCCGGUAUAGGGAAAUUGUUCCUAAUAUUCGACUUGCAGGCCCUACAUCCUUUGCACCCGUUGUUGAAAUGGCCAUGACAAUUGUUGAGCAGAGUGGAGGCCAAUACCAUGUUUUGGUGAUAAUUGCAGAUGGCCAGGUUACAAGAAGUAUUGACACUGAUCAAGGGAGGCUUAGUCCACAGGAACAGAAAACUGUGGAUGCCAUUGUUGAAGCCAGUAAAUUUCCUCUUUCUAUUAUAUUGGUCGGUGUUGGAGAUGGACCUUGGGACAUGAUGAAGGAGUUCGAUGACAAUAUGCCAGCCAGGGUCUUCGAUAAUUUUCAGUUUGUGAAUUUCACGGAAAUUAUGUCAAAAAACAUUCCUCCUUCACGAAAAGAGGCAGCAUUUGCUCUCGCAGCAUUGAUGGAAAUUCCUUCUCAGUAUAAGGCCGCAAUAGAGCUUGAUCUACUGGGUAGCCGGAAGGCCAGUGCUCCUCAGAGAGUUGCACUCCCAACACCCUCUUACGGUUCAGCAUCUUUUAGCACUUCAAAACCUUAUGGUUCAGCGUCUUUCGGCGCUUCAAAACCUUCUCAUGCCGCUGCUAGUUUUGAGCGUAGUGCACCUUCUUACGCUGACGACAGCAAACUAGUUGGCGCAGCUCCUUCCGCCCCAAGUUCUACUUAUGAAAAUCAGCUUUGCCCUAUAUGUUUGAGCAAUCCAAAAGACAUGGCCUUCGGAUGCGGGCAUCAGACAUGUUGUGAAUGUGGACAAGAUCUGCAGACGUGUCCCAUCUGUAGGAGCCCCAUCAACACCAGAAUAAAGCUUUACUAAGCAGCAUCUUCUGUUGGGAGUGUUUAUAUGUAUUCUUUGAAUUUUUUUGUGGCUGUAUAAAACAUUAGAUCAAAUCUUUGUUUCUACUGUGAAAAGUGGUACUUCCUGUGUAACCAUUCCUUAUUGAUUUAUUUUUCAUUCAUUUUUGUUUCUGAUA